GAAACAUGAUGAAACGAAAACAAUUGCAAGGACACCGAUGUAGGGGGACGGAAAAGCCUACACUUCCUCUUUACGCGUCCUCUGAUUGGCUUGUGAAGGUUAUGAAAGCCCUGAAUGGGAGCUACAACCUUGCAGCAAAUUUGUCAGGAGGCAGAAAAAACUUGCUUCAGUGUCUGUGCUUGUACACAGCAAAGAAGGCACCGGUCCAACAUGAAAUCAGCCUUUGUCUUGCUGACUGCGUUGGUAGCCCUGACAGCCUAUUAUGUGUACCUGCCCUUACCCAGCACAGUGUCGGAUCCCUGGAAGCUCAUGCUGCUGGAUGCCACUUUCAGGGCAACCCAGCAAAUGUGCAACCUGGUUCACUGCCUAAGACUCAGCCAUCACUUGAGAGUUCUGAAUUAUGUGAUUGGUACUUUUGACAAGCUGGAGCCCUCGUCCUCUGAACACAUUAAGAUAACAGAUGCCCUUUUUGAUGGAGUGGAAGUCAGAGUGUUUGAACCUUCUCCAAAGCAAGAUGAAACACUAAAGCGCAGUGUCGUUUACAUCCAUGGAGGAGGAUGGGCUUUGGCAAGUGCAAGAACAAGCUUCUAUAACAAUCUCUGCAGGAUCAUGGCAGAAUUUCUGAAUGCUGUAAUUGUCUCAGUUGAGUACAGGCUGGUACCAGAGGUUCAUUUCCCUGAGCAAUUCCACGAUACUUUACGUGCAACAAAGUAUUUUCUGCGGUCUGAUAUCCUAGCUAAAUACUCAGUUGAUCCAGGUCGAAUUGCAAUUUCUGGUGAUAGUGCAGGAGGAAAUUUGGCUGCUGCUGUGUGCCAGCAGCUUAGUCUAGAUGACAGUGUUACCAACAAACUGAAGCUGCAGGCUUUAAUCUAUCCAGUCCUUCAGGCAUUGGACUUUAACACUCCUUCAUACCAGCAGAACACUGACAUGCCUGUUCUUCCUCGCUUCGUCAUGGUGAAGUUUUGGAUAGAUUAUUUCAAUGGUAACUACGACUUUGCCCCCUCGAUGCUGAUCAACAACCACACUUCCCUCGACGUAAGCCAGGCUGUUUCUUUCAGGGGACGUCUGAACUGGACUUCUCUCCUGCCUUCGACGUUCAAAAAGAAUUACAAACCUGUGAUACAAUCCACAGGGAAGGCCGAAAUCAUCCAGGAAAUACCUGCACUACUUGACAUACGUGCAGCUCCAUUGCUAGCAGAAAAAGAAAUUUUCCAGCUUCAGCCAAAGACCUACAUCCUGACUUGCGAGAAUGAUGUCCUGAGAGAUGAUGGAAUAAUGUAUGCCAAACGGUUGGAGAGUGCAGGUGUGGAGGUCACACUUGAUCACUUUGAUGACUGCUUUCAUGGCUGCAUGAUCUUUACUAUUUGGCCUACCAAUUUCUCUUCAGGACAUCGGACCAGAGACAGCUACAUAAAGUGGCUUGCUGAAAACCUGUGAAGAAAGUGAGUCCUCUCUAGAAGGCACAGAACAGUCAAUCUAAAGCUCACUAUUUCAAAAACAAAAAAGUUGUGCACUUUUACGCUAAGUUCAUUUGUUCAAGAUUAUGUCAUAGAACUUCUGUUGCAAGAAGUAGUGUGUCACUAACUACUUGGUUAGUAGUUGAUUAGCCUUGUCCAGCGUAGCAAUUUGCUAAAUACUUAUUAAACACUGUGGUAUGCAGUGUAGUUGUAGCCGUGUCAGUCCCAGGAUAUUAGAGAGACAAGGUGGGUGAGGUAAUGUCUUUCAUUGGACCAACUUCUUGGUGAGGGAGAAAAGUUAUUGAGCCACACAGAGCUCUUUUUCAGCUCUGGUGGGAAAGGUACUCCCAGGGUCAUAGCAAAAUGCAAGGUGGAACAAAUUGUUUUUCAUAAAUAGUUAGCACAUUUGCUAAGGGACCAUUCAAGGUAGAGUGGCCCAUUAACAUCUCUGCAGUCACAGGACAAAAAGAGGAGGUUAGCGGGUUACAGAUUGUUGUAAUAAGCCAUAAAUCCAAUGUCUCUGUUCAGUCCAUGGUUUUUAGUGUCUGGCUAAGUAAUGAAUUUAAAUUUUUGAUGCUCGGAGUACCUUUCCCAGACCUGAAGAGCAGCUCUGUGUGAUUCAAAAACUUGUCUCUCUCACCAACAGAAGUUGGUCUAAUAACAGAUAUUCUCAUCCACCUUGUUGCGCCAUUAAAAACUAAUCCAUUGUAGAUUCAGAUGCGACAUCAAUUGCAACCAUUGUGAAUGAAUACUGAGCAGUUCUCAACAAGAAAAUCAGUGUUCCUCAAACUUAUUCUUAUUAGUCAAAAUUUUCAAGUUUGGGUGCAUAACAUUAGGCACCAAGGCCACAAUUUUCAGUUAACAGGUGUUUGGUUUUAGGCACUUAAAUAAGGGUAGCCUGAUUUUUAGAGGUCUGAGCAUUUACAAAUCCCACUGAAGUCAAGGGAAGCUGCGAUGCUCUUAAAUUUUGAAAAUCAGGCCACUUAUUUAGGUGCUUAACUAUGGAUUUAGGUGUUGGCCUUUAGGCACACAGAUUUAUAGCUUUUUUAAAAAAACAGUUCUAACUUCAAGGCAUUUUAAAGCAUGCUAAGCAAGCUUUUUACCCCAAAAAUGUAACAACUUUGGAGUCUGGUCCUUUUUUGAAACAAGCACAGUGCUAAAAAAAAAAUUGUAAAAAAGAAUGUAGCCUGUGUAUGUCCUUUCUGUUGACUUUAACAGACAUUGAUCCUACACACAGACAAAGCGGUGUGCAAGCUUAUAUGGACCAAUGGAAACUCCACCAAAUGCAGAUUCCAUUUGUGAAUUUACAUCUUUAAAGUUGAUUGCAUUUUUGGCCAAAGGUUGUGACUAUGCCUGCCUUUAAAAUUUCAGUUUUAUGACCACUUUAGAGAAAAUAUGAAAAUACUAACAAUUAAAAAAGCCCUCUGUGUGGUUUGCACUGAUGUUUGUAUUUAACAUUUACAGUUGUUUUUCACUGAGUCUCUUCUGUGCUUGUAACUUCCAUUCACUGUCCUCCGUGCUUUUUGGAGGAAGUUUCCCCUGUGUAGCAAGCAAAAUCACUAGAGAUGAGCUUUACCCUAAAGUCCAGAUUCAGAUUGAACUAUGCAGCUGGAUCUUCUCUCUCCUAUGGAUGGAACCAAAAUCCCAGAUAUGAAUAGCUAUGCUACUGGGGAAUCAGGUUCUGCAACUUGAGCUCCUCUCUAAAAUAGCCAGACAACAACUGAAGUUAAGACAAGGACAUGGAAACUACUUACAACAGUGUGUAUUUUGCAUAAUGUUUGUUGUUUUUGUUGUUGUUAUUGAAUGUCAACUGUGACAAACUGACAAAAGCCAGGAGCUUUUAAUCUAAGACAGAAAGAGCAAUUGUCUUGCGAUCUAAGUCUAAUGUUUUUACUUGGGAUAGCUGAUUUCAAUUCUGAGCUCUGCCACUGUGUGUGUGACUUUGAGCAACUUGCUUCAUUUUUGUGCCUCAGUUCUUUCUUCGGUAAGAGAGGGAGUCCUAUUUCUGUACUUCACAAGGUUGUUGAAGAUAUAUUCAUAAAUGUUAAUGAGGUACUGUGAUACUACAAAGGACUCUGUUAAACUUUCCCAUUCUUCAGUCUCUGUAUUGUAUUGUUCUGUACUAUGCCAGCUUGGGUCAUUGGAAUACAUGCCCUCUGAUAAAGACAACUUAUUUCUUUGGCUCAGCUUUACAGUGCUCUGCAAAUUUACAGCACUAAAGUAAGCACCUUCCUGGCUUUUGUCAAUUUAUUAUGGAACAUUUUAAAAUAGAGCCUUUUUUGUACUUGAUUUCUAUGGGAAGGUUCUAGAAAGUCCUAAAACACACGUACUUGAUGGACCUUCCACAAUCUUGACUUCCACAUUUUUAAAAUAGAUAUUUAGAGUCCAUUUUCAUUAGUAUGUGCACAUAUAGACUGGGAGCUAAUGGCAGAAUGACCUGGUUGCCUCAUAUGGGUUCAUAGCAUAAAACAGCAGGAUGUUGCUAUAAUUGUGUGUAUUAAGAAUGAUUAACAAGAGAGGGCCCCAGUCCAUGCUGAACCAUAAGAGCUUGAAACUGAUCUCUGGCUGUAGGUUCACACAGAGUGCACAGCCCAAGCCAAUUUCAAUAACUGGCCAAGUAAAAGCACUGACAGAGAUUCUUCUCUCAGUUACAUUGGUUUCGAUUAAUUGCCUUCAGUGGUGAUACUUCAGAUUUGCAUAUAUGUAAAUUGCAGCAAAAUUUGGCCAGCGUAUCCAAAUAUCCCAAAAUGCAGGAAGAUUCAGACUCGGAUCUGGAUUUCAAAGCUCCCCCAUCAGGAGUGUUAUCCAGGGUUUUAGUUUCAAUGUUACUGUAUACACUCGAAAGCCAUCUUGCAAAUCUUAACAUAGGGACUACACCAAACUCCACUGAAGUCAAUGAAAACAUUUCCAUUGAGUUCAGUUAGCUCUAUUUCAGGGCCUUUAUGGCUAUGGACCUGAUCCAUACUCUACUGAAAUCAAUGACAGUCUUUCCAUUGACUUCAUUGGGCUCUGGAUCAGGCCUUGUACUUCAAAAAAUAAAUCUUAGUACCAAAAUAGCUUAAGGUACACUCGGCUACAGGCUUAUAAAAUGCAUUUUAGAAAACUAAAGUUGCUAUAGUACUACAAAAUAGCAUCCAAGUGGUUAAUAGUCCUGUAAAUUUGGGGUUGUGUUCUAUAAUAAGAAAAUUGGCCCCAAGACUUGUCUGCAAAAGUUUUAGCCCUGCAUAUGUUUAUGGCAGUUAUAAAUCCCUAAUAUGAAGUUAUAAUGGAACUACUGAUCUAUUUUAACUGUAGUGACAUGGAUAGCACAGUUAGAAUAUAUAUUCAUGGAGCUGGUUGUAAAGUUCCUUCAUGCACUGAAGCAUAUUAAAUUUUUGGCACAGAA